AUCUAGCAGUCACCUGCUACACGCGAGAGAGAAAACCAUCUCUCAACAGUACGUCCGCUAGUUCUAGCUAUAUGGCUUCCAACGCGAGCAUGUUGGCCAUGUUCAUGGCGUGCGCGCUCCUCCUCGCCGGCAGCACGUGCCACGCCGCCCGCAACCUGGCCGACACUACGCCGGCGGCUGCCGCUCCGGCUGCUAGCGCCGUCCCUGGCCUGCCGGCCGUGCCCACGGACACGGUCACCCUGAUGCCACCAAUGCCGUCGGUCACCCUGCCCACCGUGCCGCAGGUGACGCUGCCACCCAUGCCCUCCAUCGUCGUGCCCAAGGCGGUCCUCCCGCCCAUGCCCAAGGUCACCCUCCCCACCGUGCCGCAGGUGACGAUGACGCCGAUGCCCGCCAUUGUCAUGCCCAAGGUGACCCUGCCGCCGUUGCCCUUUGUCCCGAAUGUGAAUGUGCCUAUGCCUUUCGCGGCACCACCCCCGUCAGCGUAGACGCGCCCACGCGGCGGUGCUCUCGCCCUGUCCACGAUAGGGCGCCGUUCAUCUGAGUGUGGCGUCAGGUCACUCCGUGGACACGACGUACAUCUUCUUACAUGCAAGCUCGGUGUUUUAUAUGCCAUGUAUCAUAGUACCAGUAAUUAUUGCCUAUUUUUUUUACGUCUCAAUAGUAUGUGUAUUGGUAGUGUUUGAAUGUUGAGCGUUUUGUCCCAUCGUAUGUAUUUAUUGAUCUUCUUAAAUAUACAAAUUACUAUUUGCAGGUAA